GUUUUUAGUGUAACAAAAUUACAAUUGAAAAUUCCAAAUUUCGAGAAAGAGAGAAGACCCAUCGCCGCACCGCUUGAGUCACUCUUCUUCCCGGAGAAGAAAGAAACAACAACAAACAUAUUCACCAUUACCUUCUUCUUCUCCUCCUUCUCCUUCGUUUCUCACUCCAAAUUUGGAACCCUAAAUCCUAAUAUCCUUCGAUUAGUUCUCUUCUCUAUCGGAAUUCUUAACGUUGAGAGGAGUCUGAUAUUUGCCGUGACUCAAGAGAUUCCAGGUGUUUCCGACGUAUAUAUUUACAUAUGGCGUCGUUGGCUCUGACUUCUCCUCCCUCCGUUAAGAUUCCUUCGUAUCUCUCCUCGUCGUCUUCGUCUCUCUUCUCCCGUUCCUCGAUUUCUUUCAGGACCACUGAGUCUCGCUCUCGAAUCUGCGUUUCUGGUUACGCGGUGAGCAUUGAGCAUUUUUUUUCCUUCAUGUUAAUGAAUGAAUUCGAUAUUCACAUUGCGUUUCAUGUAUUUGUUAUAAGAAAAUUCAAAUUGUUUUUGGAUGAAUCUAUGCUUUGAUGAUCUGUGAGAUUUUUCUGGAUUUAGUAGAUGCUAUUAGCAGUUCGUUUACAGGCUAAUUUUGUGAGAAUUUGUGUGUUGUCGUCGCUCUUGGCUUGACUUUGUCCAUGUAUGUGACUGUAGAAUUUGGAAUUUGGAACUUUCAGCUUUGGAAUCUUGUGUGUUGAAUACUGUUCAUGAAUGUUUGGUUAUUCUUAUGUUUGUAGAGAGAUGUAAGAGAGAUCGUGUGUUGGUUAAAUUUUGUGUCUAACAUUUUGAAUUUGGUUUCACAAUUCCUUGUCAUUGUGUUUGAUAGAAAUGCAAUUUGCCUAAGGCACUAAACGGGAACGCUCGUGUUCCAAUUAUUAAUGAGACGACAAUUCCUAAGUUCUUUGAUUCUUCACGGUUGGAGAAAUCGGUUAGUAGAAACAAUACUAAGCUCAAGUUGUUCUCUGGUACUGCUAAUCCAGCUUUAUCUCAGGAAAUUGCUUGGUAUAUGGGUCUGGAGCUUGGGAAGGUUAGCAUAAAGAGAUUUGCUGAUGGAGAGAUCUAUGUUCAGCUCAAAGAAAGUGUUAGAGGUUGCGAUGUCUUUUUGGUGCAGCCUACUUGCACUCCAACUAAUGAGAAUCUCAUGGAGCUAUUGAUCAUGGUGGAUGCUUGCCGAAGAGCAUCAGCUAAGAAAGUCACAGCUGUGAUUCCGUAUUUUGGAUACGCAAGAGCUGAUAGAAAGACACAAGGGCGUGAAUCUAUUGCUGCCAAAUUGGUAGCAAACCUUAUAACAGAAGCCGGUGCAGAUAGGGUUCUGGCUUGUGAUCUUCAUUCAGGACAAUCCAUGGGUUAUUUUGACAUACCAGUGGAUCAUGUCUAUUGCCAGCCUGUGAUACUUGAUUAUCUUGCUAGCAAGUCAAUUUCCUCUGAGGAUUUGGUAGUGGUUUCUCCUGAUGUUGGUGGAGUAGCCAGGGCACGUGCAUUUGCUAAGAAAUUAUCUGAUGCACCACUUGCCAUUGUCGAUAAAAGGCGUCACGGCCACAAUGUCGCUGAGGUCAUGAACCUAAUCGGUGAUGUUAAAGGGAAGGUGGCAGUAAUGGUGGAUGAUAUUAUUGAUACAGCUGGAACCAUUGUGAAAGGAGCAGCUCUUUUACACGAGGAGGGUGCACGUGAGGUUUACGCUUGCUGUACACACGCUGUUUUCAGUCCUCCUGCGAUAGAGCGGUUAUCAAGCGGUUUGCUGCAAGAAGUGAUAGUGACGAAUACUUUACCAGUAGCGGAGAAGAAUUACUUCCCGCAGUUAACGAUAUUAUCGGUGGCUAAUCUUCUGGGUGAGACCAUUUGGCGUGUCCAUGAUGAUAGCUCCGUUAGUAGUAUUUUCCUUUGAUACUUGUUGGUUUUUGUUAAUCGGUUUAGGAUCGGUCUAAGUUCCUCUUUUUUGUUCUACUUCUUCUCGACAGUUUCUAGUCUAACCAUGUCUUGCUUCUCUUACUCACCUAAAGUAUGUCACAGUUCUAUCUUUUCUUCUUUUUAGCAUAAUAGAGUUAUGAGAUAUCAAUGACAAUAAAAUUUUAAUAUUUUGGUUUAUUGAAAAUAAUUACAUUAUGGUGUAAACAUUAUUUCUCAGGAUUUAUUGAGAAUUUCUAAAUUAACAAUUUCCCCAACUUGCAUAUUUCUG